AUGGGCCCGCCGAGCCAGCUCUGGAAGCGGCCCGCCCAGCGCCGCCUCUCCCGCUGCCUCCCGUCGGGGGCCGCCCGCAGCUCCACGGCCCCGGCCCCGGCCGCCGCCCAGCCGCUGCCCUACGAAGCCAUCCCUCGCAGCGGCCGCAACGCCUGGCUCAGCCUGUACCGCCUGUGGCGGAGUAACAGCUUCCCGCGCUUCCACCUGGCCAUGCAGCGCAACUUCCAGCGCCUCGGGCCUAUCUACAGGGAGACCGUGGGCACCUACAACUGCGUCAACGUGCUGCUGCCCCGAGACGCGGCCCAGCUCUUCCAGUCGGAGGGGAUCUUCCCGCGGCGCAUGGGCAUCGAGUCCUGGAUCGCCCACCGCCAGCUCCGCAACCACAAGUGCGGCAUCUUCCUGCUGAACGGGGAGGAGUGGCGCUCGGACCGCCUGAUCCUCAACAAGGAGGUGAUCAGCCCUGCGGGCACCCGGAAAUUCCUGCCCUUCCUCAACGCAGUGGCCCAGGACUUUGUCACCCUCAUGCACCAGCGCAUCAGCAAGAACACGCGCCGCUCGCUCACCAUCGACCUCUACAGCGACCUGUUCCGCUUCACCCUGGAAGCAAGCAGCUACGCCCUGUACGGGGAGCGGCUAGGGCUGCUGGAGGAAAGCCCCAAUGCGGAGUCGCAGAGGUUUAUCAGCGCCGUGGAGACCAUGCUGCGGACCACCUUGCCGCUGCUCUUCAUCCCCCCGGGCCUCAUGCGCUGGGUCAACACCAAGCUGUGGAGGGACCACAUCGAGGCCUGGGACACCAUCUUCAAGCAUGCUGAUAAGUGUAUCCAGAACAUCUACCAGGAGUUCUGCCUGGGGCAGCCCCGGAAGUAUUCGGGGAUCAUGGCGGAGCUGCUCGUGCAGGCGGAGCUGCCGCUGGACUCCAUCAAGGCCAACAUCACUGAGUUCACCGCGGGCGGCGUGGACACAACUGCCAUGCCCCUGCUCUUCACCCUCUUCGAGCUGGCCCGCAACCCCAGCGUCCAGACGGCCAUUCGCCGGGAGAUCGCCGAGGCCGAGUCUCAGGGGCCACGGGAGCUCUCCAAGGUGCUGAACUCCAUGCCCCUGCUCAAAAGCGCCCUCAAGGAGACACUGAGGCUCUACCCUGUGGGCAUAACGGUGCAGCGCUACCCAACCAAAGACGUGGUGCUCCAGAACUACUGCGUGCCGGCUGGGACCCUGUGCCAGGUGGGGCUGUACGCCAUGGGCCGGAGCCCGGAGGUGUUCAGCAACCCGGAGCGCUACGACCCCAUGCGCUGGCUGAGCAAGGAGGAUAACAGCUUCAAGGCCCUGGCCUUCGGCUUCGGGGCCCGGCAGUGCAUCGGCCGCCGCUUGGCAGAGACCGAAAUGAUGCUGUUCCUCAUGCACGUCCUGCGGAACUUCCGGAUCGACACGGUGUCCAAGGCCGAUAUUCAAACCGUCUUCGGGUUCAUCCUCAUGCCGGAGAAGCCGCCUCUGCUCACGUUUCGGCCCAUCGACUGA